GAUAACAUCAUCAACAUACGAAUUCUCGUUGGAACUUCCGAUGAGCCAACGAACGAGCACACUAACCAGCCGACCAUUCCUGGUGAUGAGCUGCUGCUGCCGUCGUCGCCAGAGUCAAGCUAGUGCAGCACUUGGCUGCUACCAUGUGUGGCAUGUGGCAGUUGUAAACGAAUCGUGUGAACGUAAAGAAGUACGUCCCGGUUGUUAGGUGAAUAAAUUACAUGAAGCAGUAAAAGAAAACGACUCGGUGAAAUGUUUUGCAGGGCAAACAAAGUGAAUUUUCCGAGUGUGUUUGAAAUUGAAGUCUCAACCGAAAAGCAGAGAGUUAAUCAAUGAAGAGUUGAAAUUUAUUUCUAUGAAUGCAAUUGAUUGUGGCAUUUAGUGUGGUAAAAGGCAAUUACAAAACCAAUGUGAAUACAAACUGAUAAGCGCGUGUGGAGUGUAGAAGCAAAGCAAAGAAACCAAAAGUGCAUGUCGUUCAGCGAGCUGGCUGAUAAGUAACGGUCAAAGUGCGUGUGGCGUCUAUCGAGAGUGUCGUUGCAAGCAAUAAUAUUUAUUUAAAGAACAUCUUAAAUGAUGCAAUCUGGUGUGUGUGGUUCAGCGUAAGUUCAUUGCAGUCGACGGCGGCGCGGCGCGUCAGUGCGUCCAGCUGGCGAUUGACGACUUAACAACGGCAGCGCGAAUGUGCCUCAGUGUUAAUUGCACUAUAACAGUAACUUAUGCUAUAGUGAAUGAGGCUUUUGGUGCUGAUAAGCGUUGUCAGAAGUUGCAGUUGCAAGUUAAUGCAAAAUGUUGAUUGUGGAAGCUGCAAGUUGCUAAAAAAUUUUUAACAUUUCCUUAUUGUGAUUAAAUAAAAACCACUUACCAAACCAAACAUUACAACACGGAAAAGAAGCAAAAAAUAUAGAAUAAAAAAAUUAAAAAUAAGUGAAAAUGUGAAACAACAAUGAAAACUUGAGAAAUACCACAAGUUAUAUUAAAAACAGCAAAAAAGGACAGGCUCAAAAUAAGUUAAAAAUAAAUGGAAUUAAAAAGCCGAUCAAGCAGAGUCAUUGAAAUGUCAAAGUCAGUGAGCUGCUAGUCAAUCACAGCAAAAAGUUACAACAAAAACAAAUAAGCAUAAAUUGAUCCGCGCGCCCUAGCACAUUUACUUGUCUCCCUUGACUACCGUUUGCAAAAGCAAACAAAUACAAGAAAACACCAAAAUACACAGGCCAACUACAAACCGACAUAUGUAUAUACAUUGUAGUUAAUAUACACAUAAAUACCCGUCAAUGUCAGGUGCAUCAACUUAAAUGGAUUGUUUAAUUACAAGGCAUACACAGAGUUAUAAUGAAUAUAAGAAACCAAAAACAAUAAAGUAAAUUAUAAAUUCGUAAAUGAUUAAAAAGGCCAGGCAAAUGCGCCAAAAGGCGUAAGGAAAAUCCAAUCUAGUGAGACAUUAAGUUAAAACAACAACAAUGACUGCAAAAGCCGUGUAACAACAAAACAACCAAUCAACCACAAAGCAUUAGCCAGCAGACGGUGGCAAAUCAAUUUCGCAAAUUAAAAGUACUUCCAACAUCGAGUUUUAAUUGACAUAAACUAAUAACAAAUUCGUUAAGUUUCGCAAGAGAUAUUUGAAGCUUGUGCACCUAGCAUGCGCUUAAACUGAGCACCACCGAAAAUAGAAAAAAAUAUUAAAUCACAACUGAGCCCACUGUACACGGCAAGCGAACGCUUUCAAAGCAAAGAAACAAAUAAAAUGGCCACACCAACAGUUUGCACAAGUCCAGUGAGAUGGAUGAAAACGAAAGUCAUAAAGAACACAAAUCCUACAACAAAUACGAAAACGAAACAGAUACGAAAUAAAAGACAACCACCGCAAAACAGAGCAAUAACACUAACAACUAGUUGGGCGCGACAGAAGUUGUAUUCGCUCACACCAACAAUUGUGCUGCUGCUCAGCGCACUCACAGUGCUGAGUUUACUCGCACAAGCGCAAGCCUUCUGCCCCUCGAAAUGUCAGUGCCUCAGCGGUGAAGCGAACAGUCGAGCCUAUUGCGUGGACGCAGCGCUCGAAGAUGUACCCAUACAGUUGAAUCCUGAAACGAAAUAUAUCAAUUUAACGCGCAACAAAAUACGAAAUCUCGAAUUUACGCUGCCAUUUUAUAUGAAGCUCGAAGUGCUCGAUUUGUCACAGAACGUCAUCGAUACGCUGGGUUCGAAAAAUUUUGAAUUUCAAAAGGAUAUGCGCACAUUGAAUUUGAGUCGCAAUUCGGUGAGCGCUUUACAAAAAGACGCCUUCAGGGGACUAAGCAAUUUGCUGGUGCUCGACUUAAGUUUUAAUCGCAUAGAAGUGGCGGAUGCCAGCGCCAUGAGUGAUCUCACUUCGCUUAUUAAACUCGAUCUGACUAAUAACAAUAUUGUGAGUUUAGAAGACAAUUGCUUUCACAAUAUGUUCUCGCUCGAGAUUUUGAAAUUCAAGAAUAAUCAACUGUUGGAUGUGCCAUCGAAUAAUUUGCAGCAUUUGCAUGCGCUCAAAUCGCUAGAUUUAUCCGAUAAUCUAGUGGAAUAUGUACGCAAUGAUAGUUUCGAAGGACUGCGUGAGUUGAUGAUGCUCACAAUGCGAGGUAAUGUGAUAUCCGAGUUGGAUUUCAGCGCCUUUGAGGGUCUGACUGCGUUAAAGCAUCUCAAUUUGGCUGAUAAUAAUUUAACGAUGGUGCCUACACAACAGCUCUCAAAGUUAUCGAAUCUUACCUAUUUGUCGCUGAGCGGUAAUCGGUUUACACAGCUACCCCCGGUUGCUUUCAUGAACUUGUUUCAUUUACGUGAACUGCAUUUAAAUCGGUUGGAUCAUCUCAAUCGUAUUGAUUCAAGAUCCUUCAUCGACAAUACACAUCUGCAAGCACUCCAUCUCACCAACAACCUACAACUAUAUGACAUUCCCAUGCGACUAUUCCAAGGCAACCCCAAUGUGCUCGAAAUAUAUAUGCAAGGCAACAGUCUGCAAACACUCUAUUCCGCACAAUUCCCCGUCGACCAGCUCGAGCGACUUUAUCUCGGCGAUAAUCCACUGCAAUGCAAUUGCUCGCUACUCUGGUUAUGGCGCUUGGUUACCGGAAAUUUCGAUGGCGAGUCCAAUAACGCAAGUGGUGCGCAUGUUACACACAGUCAAGGGGAAGCUGCUGUAGCCGCGCUAGGCACGGCCGAUGCCGAUGUAGCGUCCGCAGCCGCGGAGGCUUAUGUCGCACAACAAAGGCCUUCACGGGUAAGCAGCAGCAGUAGCGGCUAUCUACAACUCGACAUAGAACGCAUUGGUUGCGAUAUUUGGCAGGAUAAUGUGCGCACGCGCCGCCGUCUAGUGACUAUGUCGGAGGGCGAUAUCACUUGCCCCGCGCAUAUUGUCACCAUUGUGUGUGCGAUCUUUACGCUGUUGCUUGUAUUCGCCAUCGGCGCCAGCAUUGUUUUUUAUUUGCGCUUCGUGAAGCGUCGACGAAAACUGCUACACGAUCGUUCGCUCACACGUUCGGGCAAAUCAAUUGUCAACGUGCACGAUCGUAUACUGCAACAUCAACCGCUGAGCAGCGGCGGCGUACUGGGAAUGAGCGUUGGCAGUCUCACCUAUCCACAUCAGACGCUACAACAACAAGGUGGUACACAUCAUGCCAUGUUGCCGCUACAUCCGCAUGAGUAUCAGCAAACGCUGCCAGCGCAAGUGGAUAAACUAGAAUUGGAGCGAUAUCUAGCGGCGCAGGCGAUCGCCAAUGAGUAUCGUGCCUUGAAGCCGUGGGAGUUGCCGCCAGUAAAGGAUGCGAAUGCCUACACUGAUGAACCGGAGCACUUGUAUGAGAAAUUCGACCACUACGACUAUCCAGACAUGCAAACAUUGAGCAAAUCGAAGCAGGCAACGCUUAUGCCCAACAGUGAUGGUUGCAAUACCAACAGCGGUAAUGGUGUGGUGCUGAUGGGUAAGAGUGGCGCUGGCACUGGUGGCACAGCGGCUAAGCCGCAUGUGGUCUACGUAUGACUCCCGGGCGGACAAGUCGGCGGCGUCGGCACAAAGGGCAGUGCAAGCGAAGAGUGCGAGGGCGUAGAGGCCGAAGGCGAGCUACGUUAUUGCCUCAACAACAACUAUAGUAGUUAUAUGAAAUUAGUUUAGAACGUGGAAAUUGGCGAAGUAGUGAUGGGGCAGGUUGAGGAAAAGAAGAGUAGCGGAGCCUGGCUCAAAAGUUGGCGUUGCAAACGAAAACGCAAGAAUGUAAUGGAGUUGCUACUAAUGACACGAAAUUAAAUCAAAUGCAAAAACUGAUAUGUGUAAGCAGUAAGACGAUUAUUGGGCAAAUAAAAACAAAAACAAUAAUGGUAUAAACGAACCUAAAAUCGUACCAUAGCAGCGAUGAAUCGAAACAAGGGUACAUUUGUUAGCAUCUAAGUUAUAAACACAAGCAUACAUACGUACAUAUACCAUUAAAAACAAUACCGCAAACAUUAGACAUUAUUAUUCGGAAUAUCUCGACAUUUUCGAACACCUAAUUUCCUGUUAACCUUAAGCGUUUAAGUAUAUAUAAAUAUAUAUAUUUGCAUAAGCGUAACAAGACACAACAUUAAAUGAAACAAGGGAUACGUAUAGUGUUAUAUUAUAUAAUAGCUAAAUUACAAUAAGUAAAUCACGAACAAAGUACUAAAAUUAUAAACAUAAAAAUCUUCGAUAACUAUGCAGUUAAAUUAAAUGCAAUCACAUUAUAGAAAUACAAAAUAAUAUUAAAGAAAUGUUAACACUAAUUGAUAUUCAUAAAAUAUACACAAAUAUUGUAAAUGACAAGAGAAAAGGUGUAAGCGCAGCAUGAGUGAACAACAAAAUAAAUUAAGAUGAAAAUUUAAUAUUUGAUGGACUUACUAUUUUUGUAGCUCUAUGGUGAAUCCCGAAAAUGUGCUUUUUUAUAGCGCCGUUUUGUAGGCUACAUUUGAAGAAAUUUUGUAUUUCCUUCAAUUUUUGAUAUUUUGAGCACUUCAGAAUAGAAUAAAGUCUAUUUUAUAAAUAUAAAUUGAAUUUGCCUACUUUGUUAACUAAUUGGUUAUAUAGUUUAGUCCUAAACCAAUAUAAAGUGUUAACUAUAUAUUAAAAUAUCACUUUUAUUCCCAAUUGAGUUAAUACUGCUGAAUCUAGAAAUAUUUUGUUCUGGUCCUAUGUAUAGGUUAAUUUCCUUUCUUAGCUAUGCUUCUCUUUACAAAUUUUAAGAAGUCCAGGCAUGCCAUAGCAAAUAGAAAUAUAAUACAGAGAAGUUUAAGUUUUUGUCCAUAAAUGAAUAUUUUGGGUUUAUGCGAGCAAGUGAUUUAAAUUUAUUCUUAUUUUAAAGUUACUGCUUCAUUGAAGGACGUAUUGUGUCUCGUUGCAUAAACAGUACUUACAGAAAAGGUAUUAACAGUACUGAUUUCGGGCAAGCUGAAGUGUGUGCCGAAAGAAAGUGAGCAAUGGAAUCCACAUAGGUGUUUGCAUCUGAGUUUAUGUUACUUUUUCAUAUAAAACCUGUAGACCCGAAUAGAAAUUUUUUUAGAGCAAAAAAAAAUCAUAACAGGAUGAAACCCAUUGGAAAUUAAAGAUAAAAUAAUUGGUUGGAAAGAGGAAGGUAGUAAAUUUUUUUACUACACGAAAUAGAUUCCGGAAAAGUAUAUUUUGCGGAAGUAAACUUUUUAAUUUCUACAGGACGUUCAGUAAUAGUUAUAGAAUAUACAUCCAUGGACCUAAUUUUAAAUGUUUUGGAAAAAGAGUUUAAAUAAUAAAAAAUAUUUCCCAAAAUUAAGGUUAUUUAAUUUUUCUUAACUAAAAUUUUGCACAUUUGGUUAGAAUUUUUUUUAUUGCUUAUAACUAAGAGUAUUUUGUGUGCCUAUUUUAAAUUUAAUUUAUGAAAACAAUGAUUUUCAGUUAAUUGUAGAAACAUCUGCGAAUCUUUAAGUGAACUGCCUUGUGUAAAUUUUCAAAAGAAAAAAACUAUUUUUUAAGAGAUGCGUGUAAAAUUAUAUAUAUAUAAAAAUAUAUAAAAAAUGUGUGUGUAUGCAUUGGUGGUAGGUGACUUUGAUGUUACCUUUUUUACUAAAUUUAUUUUUAUAUGAAUGAAUAUACAUAUGAGUUUUUAAUAAAUUUAAGACAAAUAGACCAAAAUGCGACUAGUGAAAACUACACUAACAAAAAACUAAACAAACUUUCUGAAAUUAUUUUGAAUGAAUGAAUACUUAUAUAACUAUUACAUAUAUAAUAUCAGAUUUAUUAUUUUACCGUAUAUAUAGUUUCAUUUAAAAAUGAAUAAAAAUUCCUUAAAAAUUAUUUCAAUAAUACAAGUUUUAUAUUGAAUUGUGAAGAUUCUGUAUUCAUUAAGUUACAUCACAAAUUAAAAAUACGUAUACCAAUUGGCAAUAAACUGCGCAAAAAUAUUUGUGUGUGCGCGUGUAAACGAAAAAACAUACAUACAUACAUAAAAUGAAAUGGACAAUAUAACAAAAUUUGACAAAACCAAAAAAUAUACUGCUUACUAAGUUGAAUGAAAAUGCUGUAUAUAAUAACUAAGUAACGAUUUAGCAAUGUAUAAAUAAAUGAAUAAAAUAUAAAUAAAUAAUUAAAUUAAUCAUAUAAAGUAAUGCUAAAUAACAUUAUAUACACAUAACUAUAUAUUAUUGUUUAAGUGAUUUUCAGUUUAAGUCAAAAGCAUUUUUCCAAUUAAUGUAAAUAGUUUGCUCAUAAGUUGGCCAUGUAAAAAUUUUGAAUUUAUAAAAUACAUUUUUUUAUAAUUAAAAUAAAUUGAAAGGUGGGAUUCUUAUUUGGAGAGGAGUAUUAAUAUAAGGUUGUCAUAUAUCUCCCUUCCGCUUUUUUGCUCU